CAGGAACGCAGAUUGCUCUUCAUUGAAAAUCUGGCUCAAAAUGAUGCCCGGAAGUGAGGGCGAGAAAUCAUCAUCCCUAGGGCUCCCUGGAGAAAUCGUGGCUUUCCCCUACCAGUAGUGUCUCGCAUGCCGAUAGAGCGCAACGCUGGAACGUUGUCAGUUUCUGUUUGGCUAUGAACGACUUCAUCUUUGUUUACAUCGUUGGUUGUGCACUUUUCUUCCAAGGCGCGUUCCCUUUAGAUGACGAUGGUGAGAUCACGAGGGAAGAAGAAAGACUCCCGCCUUAUCUCAAAGAUGACGGAAUCAAAAGGGUAGCUAAGCUCACCGAAAGCAACUUCAACAAGACAAUGAAAGCAAGUCGACUACUAGCGGUGUUGUUUUACUACGCGAACAAGGAAGAUCAAGAGGCCGAUCGGUCAUGGAAGACGGACGAAAAGAUGCUUGAGGUAAGCUGCUAGCAGGGAGGCUAUAUGAAAACGGACGAUCAUGAGUACGGAAGCUCGUAUUACUUAAGCUUGGAUCCCAUUUAAUGCAAGUUUUAGCCAUCAAGGUACCGCAGACGGUACAGGAUCUUUAGUCUUGUUUACCUUUCACAUGAAAGUAAUCCUCUUUGCUUUAACAUUCAUCUCGCGUUUGCCUGAAUUAUAGUUUGAAAUAUUCGUUAAAGUUCUUAUGCAGGCAUCUGAAUAUUUUAUGGAAUUAUCUUUCAGAUAAGUCACACAUGAGUAUUGGAUUGCCUUCAGCCUAAUAUAUAAAUUUCCUUUUUGCUUUAGCUAAUUCGUUUGGGUACAUGUUUGAUGCACGAUUGUUUCUCUUUGCAAAUGGUCUUAAGCAUCAAAAGGACACAAAAUCGUAAUAAAUGAUCCAAUUCAAAAUUUUAACUAAAGAAAAAAAUCUUACAGUUUUAAACUUUAGCAUAUUAGUGGUAAGAAAUUGUGAAGAUAGUGUACUUAAUGCUGAGAAUAUUAUUCCUGUAAUUAUGGAGACCUAAAGUCAUGAAUGAUUAAUUCUAUCUUGUGCUAAUUGACAGUGUAAAUUGCUUUUUAAUAAUAAAUGAUUUGCGUAGAUCAACCACAGAAUAUAAAACUGGUGGUUCUUGAAGUGAUUUUGCCUUUAAUAUACUGUAAUCAAGUUGGAAUUGUACUGACAGAAUUUCUUUAAAAAGAUUUCAGUUUUUGAAAAGAUUGAUAUUUAAAUAUGAUCUUUUCCAUAUUGCAGUUUUAUGAAAAUUUUCAUUUUUUCAGCUGAACAAAUCUUAUUCAGUUAUAAUAUUAAACAUGUCAGUCUUAAUUUUUUUUUAAACUACAAGAACAUUAUAUUAAAGGGUGUGGAGUGGGCUUAAAAUUGCCCUUACGAUAACAUUUUAAUUAUUUUUUCUACACUAAUGCUUAAAAUUUUAGGUUAAUUACUUAAGGUUUUGGAAAUUUUUUAAAUUUUCAGCUGAAAUGAUAUUUUCCUGUCUAAAUUUCAUUACCAUUAAAUGAGACAAAGACAAUCCAGCAAAUUCAAUCUAAAGAAAAAUUUGAAACAUAAAAUUUAUACUUAGUUACAAAAAAGUGUCUUAAUUAUCUUGAGAUCCCAGUUGUCACAUUAUUUUCAGACAGAGGUGAUUAAAAUAUUCUCAAAAUUGAAAUAAGCAAAAAAAGGGUUUUUUCAGCUGUACUUGAUACAGAUUUUGUGAUAAUAAUGCUAACUGAAAAUGCUUCAUUUUAAAAUUAUUAUUGGCCAUAAGGGGAGAUAUUUACAAGUAAAAAUUAGCAAAGAGAACAGAGUAUUUGAGUAUUUAUUUUGCUGUUUCCUAAAGGACCGGAAAAAAUUUUCAAAUUAAGUAGAUGAUUUUUUCUUGUUAUUCCAACCGUAAAAAAGAUUAAAAAAUUAAAAAAAAACCAGGUGUUUACGUAAGAGAGAUAAAUGGAUGUAAAAUCUGUUUAUAUUUCCAAUCUGAAAGGAUAAGUUGAUUUCUACUUGAAAAUACAUGUGUCAAACUUGUUUUUAUCACUCGUUUCCCCUCAGAUUCUGUUUGAGGAAUUGCUUUAUCUUUACAUCAAUUUUCUUCUAACCUUUUCCAUACACCAUCAAGAGAAAAGCUUAUGAGAAUUGAUAAAAUGAUCACCAAAGGGAAAAUGCUUUGAUCUUCUAUCAAAUUCUCUUAACUAACUCUUAAAGAAAAUGUAUGGAGGUCAGUUGAGAGAAUUUGUAUGUGAUUAUGUGAAUAAGGGUACUCCUCUCUACAAUGGUAUCUUGCAUAAGAUGAGACCUGGCCACCUCUCUUUUCAGGGGGCACUAAAUUCAAGAGGACAAUCUUCAUGAGGGUGUGGUCUUAACUUGAAGGGGACAUCUUACUUAAUGGGACACCUUGUGCAUUUAAGUAUUCCUCUCCUCCCUCAAGGGGCACACCUGAUAAGAUUACUCGGAUCAAAACUGACCACCCACCCCUCCCCUAAGUCAACAUUAUCACUUACUUCUCACUUAGGGCAAACGUUGGCUUAGGGGAGGGGUAGGUGGGCAGUUUGCCAGAAACCUAAAUUGAUUUGAUCACUCUUCUAUUGGGUCAACCGUGGGUAAGAAAACACCCUUCAUAAUGGUUCCUCUAUGCCGCUAGUUAAGGGGGCACCUUACUAGGAGCCAUGUCUCAUAAUGGUCCUUCUCCUUCCAUAAGGGAACAUAUCCCUUAAGAGUAUAGUACAUGUACAUUAACCUUUUCUUUAGGGUUAUCUUAAAUAAGGUGAAUCCCCCCUCCAUAAUGGAGAACCCUCUACAGGGCACCACCUACCAAAAUGGUACUUCUCUCUCCUUAAUUAAGGGGGCAUAUCCCUUAAGGGUACACACAUACCGGUACCUCUCCUUUACAGGGAUAUCUUGUAUAAGAGGACACCUUCCACAAUAGUACUUCUCCUUUCAGGCAACACUUAAUAUAAGAGGAGACUCUUUCAUGAGCGAUAGCCCCGAUCUAGGCCUCUGGGGUAUUACUAUGUAGCUUCCCCUUUAUUAGGGGCUAACCUUUAUAAGGGGACACUUUUCCUUCCACAUGAGGGUGGAUCAUUUAAGGUUGCACUUGUGCCACUCCCUUGUCCUUUAUAGGAAACUUUGCUUUAUGAUAAGAGGAGACCCACAAAAGUGGCUUCUACAUUUAUAUAUUCUUUGUUUUCACUGUCAUGCCCUCAGAAAUAAAAAGGCAAAGCGCAGGGUUGUCACUAAGAUUUCAAGUUUCUGGGUAAAUACAAUAAGUAGGCGAGGAGUAAAACAGCUGGGGAUAUCUUUUGGUUCCAUUUUUCUUCUAUUUUCCAAUAAAUAUAUAUAUAUGAUUUAUUAGUUACAAAUCUUGUAGUAAAUAGUUAUAUUUCUUCACAUGUCUGAUAUUAUUUUUAUACUUAUUGUUACAUGUACCAUACCUUAUAUUUUGUCAACUCAGUCUAUGUAAUUAGUUAAUUUAUACUUACCUUCAUUGUAUUUUACUUUCGAUCCUGGCCUUACUGUUACUGUUAACUUUAUUUUUACUCUGAGGUAGCCCAAUGUCUAUAAGCCUCAUGGUUUCUUUUUGGGCUUCCUCGCCACUUUCAUUUGCUUUUGUGUAACUGCCUUGUUUUAUCGUUAUUUGUAUUUUGUGGUAAAUCAAAUAAAGUUACAAAGUUACAAAAGUAGCUGGGGGCCACACUCCUAGUAGCCGGGGGAAAUCCCUGGCCCCCAGCUCUUAAUGACAGCCCUGGUGAACCAUUCAAUACCGCAGAAAAUCCAGAAUAUGGGAAAUGGAAGAAGAUAAAUAUACAGAAAGCCUGGCCAAGAAUCAGGUCUGUGUGAGAUCUCGUAUGCGAGAAAUUCGGAAAAAACGUUUUACCCAAAUUUAUAUAGAUUUGUAUGGAGAUGCCAUGUUGGUGUCCCUUUACGGGGCUCAAAUAUGGCCGCUGGAAACCAACAGAAACAUCUGUUUUCGAGUUUUUCUUCAAAUGCAUAAAUUCAUCGCUUGAGGAACUCAUAAAGAUUAAAGUAAUAUUUAUUCUGAGACAACCAAUGUUUAAAUAGCAAAAUGUCAAAAAAUCGGUAACGUUUUUAACCCACACAAGAGCUUUCCCGGCCGCCAGCAAAGUGUCGCGUCACGCAAAAGCGUUUCAUAUCGCAAAACAAAGCACCCUUUCGAACUGGAAAUUUAUAGGUUUUUAGGUGCUGUAAUACCUCAUGGAAGUAGAAACUCAGAAGAAUCGAUAGUUUCUGAGUUUGAAUUUUGGUGACAUCAUUUGAAAACCCAGAAUACACUAAGGAGAAAAGGGGGCCACUUCCCACCUUCCAUGCAUAAGGGGUAUAUCCCUGAAGCAGACACAUGCAGCUAUUCUUCAAGGAAACACCAUCCAAAGGGGGAAGCUUUCCAUAAGAUAGCCUCACCUGUAAAGGAACACCUUCCACAGACAUUGUCUUUCAAUAGCACAAAAUUUUCCAGAUGUUUUUUGACAGGUGUACAUGUAAAUAUCUGACUAUUCACAGCAUGCAAGAAUUUGUCCCUUCUUAGGCUGUUUACAGUUUUUUCUUUCUAAAAUCAAUUACCCCUUAAAUAGACUUGGAAGCAAAAAAACCUUUGCCUGUACAGAAAAUUUUGGUCACAAUAGUAGGCUUGGAAAAAACUCUUGCCAAAACCAAAUCAACCAACCCCCCUCCCCCCUUAAAAGGUGGGCCUCUAAUAGGUGUUUUUCCGCCCACAGAUUGUUGCAAGGGUGCUUCAGCCUCAGGGUGUGACUAUAGCUGUUGUCAAUAUCGCAGAAAGCAUGUCUCUAGCGCAAAGUGUGGGUAAGUUCACUGUCAUUCCUUUGAAUAACGCGAAGAAUUGACUCAAAGCCAGAUUCAGAUUCGAUAUUUUUAUAAUGAUAAAUUAUGAUAGUGUUGAUCGAUAAACUUAUGUACGUUGGUCUGUUUAAAUGUCUUGCAGGUGUUAAAUACUCUGGUGCAAUUAUGGUUUUUCAUAAGGGAAAGACAAUAGAGUAUUAUGGUCACAGGUGAAUGAUUAGACAGCUGAACAGGCGUUAUUUUUUUGGCGUUUUUCAGUUGACCGAAGGCAAGCGCAAAAAGAGCGAGGAGCCCGCGCCUUUCCCCGCAGUGCGUGUCUCUUGCUCCACGCUUUCCUGCAUCGUUCGCUCAAAAAGGCGAACAAAUAGCGCCUGUUCUACAUGUUAGUGAAUGAUACCCUUCUUGACAUGCAGCGAAGAGUCACUUUGUGUUAAAGUAGACCCUGAAUGCGGUGUUCUUAAUGUGGAUAAAAAAGCUGUUACUUUUACUUCCGAUUAUUUCCGUUGAAAAGGCUUUCGCAGUGAAACGACGAUCAGAAAGUACACGUCUGCGUACGCCGGGCCAUAUUCGUGUGUAUGCGAAAUUUCCAAAAACGGAGAAAAAUUUCAAUUUUUAAAAAUACCCGGAAACGUGUCGACGAGGCCUGGCAUCAGUAUCCCAAUUAAGGCGCGGUAUCCAGUAGUGUGGCGUUGAACGGUGCUUUGGCAAAUUUGCUGAGAGUUCCCCAAAAUGUAUUCCUACACUGACUUGGCAUAGCAAGCCAAGUCACUUUACUGGUGUCUAGUACUGAUGUGUCUCGCUAGAUGAGCUUUAUUCGUAGACAUUUUAAGGGACUAUGUCACAAGUCGUUACUUUGUGCCUUUAUCUAGCCUGAAUUUCAGAUGAUUACUUCGAGUCAUUUUUACUCCCUCAGUAACGUCUGAAUCGACCAGCCGUUAAUGCUGUCCAGUGACGUCACUACUCCUUUGCUUUAAUUCAUGCAAAAAGUAAACGAAUCUGUUGUAAUUUAAUAAUCAAACUCGAUCGCAAUCACGAAAUGAAAUAAGCUUUAAAAACACGCACACGGAACACUUCAAAAACACACUCAUAAUUAUACAUAAUUAUGCAAACGUUUGGACAAUCAGCCAAUCAGAAUCACCACCCGAUUUGCGGGUAGUGACGUCACUGGACGGUAUUAACGGCCGGUCGAUUCAGACGUUGCUGAGAGGAGAAACGACUCAGAGUGAUCGUCUGAAAUUCGGGCUAGCCUUUAUCGCCAUAUACAAAAUGGUCUUGCAGAGUAAUGAAGAAGCCAUCAAACAAAUUUCAUCAGGGAUUACCAACCAUGAUAUUUGUUUCUUUGGAUGGUAUUUGCAGGCAUAACAUUAAAAUUUGAAAAUGUUGACCCAACUUUUUCAAGUUUUUUUAAUCCAUGCCCACCCUUGCUAUCCUUGGCAACAGACAACAGGAAAAAGGUUUCAGUGCCUAAAAAUAGUCUUAAAUAAAAAAGCUGGACCAUUAUUUUUGAAAUUCAAUGGACGCGGAGACAAGAUUUAGCUUUUUAAGAAGAUAGCAAAUGGCCUGGUGUGGCCCCUUUUAAUCAACACACUUUUUUGAUUUUUAACAGGUCAGCAGAUAUUCUUGUAGGAUUUUUGCACAAGGUUAGUCCAGCAAGUUUUACAACGAUGCGUAUUGCUAGGAAACGUGAUACACAUAGAAUUUUAAUUCAAAACGAGUGCUACAUACAUCACUUUAGAAGUGCAGUCGAACUUCCCAUAAGCGACCUCCUACAUGGCCAAAAUUUGGUGGUUGCGUACAGGCAGUGGUCACGUGCGAGAGGUUCCAAUUUAAGGCAUUGUAAUUGGUGGGUAACUCAUAUUGACUUUUUGGAUUGCUUGUCAGUUUCUCCGUUUUGCUGUUUAAGAAACUUUACAUCAGCACUUUUACGCUAGAAACUGAUUCCUUUCUUUUGCCGCGAUGCCUUAUCAAUGAACCAAAUGCAAAAAAGCGCGCGACUUCUACAACUGUAUGAAAUAUAUCUCUUCCAAAAUACAAAAGUGACAUUCAACGUUGUUGCUGGCUGCGCGAGUGGGCAAGAUGAGGCGAUUUCUGUGUUCUGAUUGGCCACCGAGCGGGCAAGACAGUCGCAUCUUGUCCACCUGUUCGCUUUUAAUUUGUUGUUGUUGUUGUUUGUAUGGACUCCUACUCCAUUACGGUCCAUGAAAUACACCACAGGUGUAAUCUCGUAUCCAGAUCUCAGGUGAUGUGUGGAGAAACGGGUGCGCAUCCGAAGACACCUACGGAUGAAAACUACCUCGCAGUCUGUUCGCCAAUGUUGACCGCUUGCCAAGAUUUACUUUAUUAAAUCAGAGUAGAAUAUUCGGGCUAUAUUUCAAAAGAACUCAAUGACUGGUCCGCGGGAAACUAGUUAAUUUUGCUUUCUUCGAAUUUCAUUGUUUCUUUACGCGGAACCUUGCAUGGUAAGCAUCGCGAAUCUCGGAAAGAACUUAUAGUACAAGUUUCCGGAGGGACUCGUUAUUAAGCGUUUUGUUUUGAUAAUGCCCCUUUUUAUUGUCAGAUGUUUGAAGCUCCAGUCACCUUUAUCGAAAGCAAGAAACAGAAAACUUCAUUUGAAGAUGUGGAUGGCAAUAAAGUGAUUGGCUACUUGGAGAAGGAUUCACCUGGUACGUCAAUUAACAUUAAUUUUCCGGAUUUCAAUACAUUUUCAUGCAGAGGUGUCAUCAGAUAUCGUCGGACUGGCAAAAUCAUGAUUUUAAGUACAAGAUAUCAGAGCAUGUCAAACUCGUCAGUGAGACCGCAAAAUAGCCCGUAUUUUUGCGUAGGUCAAGAAAGCGCAACCUCACUUCUCUUUUCGCUCCUCUCGACUAACGGAGGUUUAACAAGCUUAAGUCACUCUCAUAGCAUGAUUUCCGACCGAUAGGGAAAAAGGAAAGACACGCCUAAGACCCUCCCCCCCGGCUAUAGCCACCCAUAGUACACUUUUUGAGCACAUUUUUUUCUUAAACAAAAGCGAUACUACUUCUACCUUUCAUGUUAUUUUUUGUCUUUUUUCAUGUAGAAAUAAAAGCGUUUGAGAAUUCUGCCAAGCAGUACCAACCGUUACUUCCAUUUUUUGCAGUCUUUGAUAAAAAGGUAUGUUAUAUUGUUAUUGGUUUUAUUGUUAUAUUGUUUUAGAGCACCAUUAGUUGCAAGUUAACCGCGGUCUCAUGAGCGAUUCUUUAGCUUGCAAAGACAACUUGUUAUUUCACAAGAGAGGCGACGUCAGCUAAGUUUAAGUCGGUGAAAUUGCCAUUCUUAUACAAAUCAAUUGAAAUCAUGGUCUACCAUCUGUUACCUAGAUUGUAUAAUGAUUUCUACUAACUAGCGGAAGAGUUGCGGUUUUUAUUAGUUCUAGGGCAAUCGCGCUCUGCUCUGGACUCCCUGCGAAGCUCAAAUUUUAAAAUGGCGUCUGACGGGGCGAAAGGGAGUAACUAUGCACACAGUUUCGUAUCGGGUACUAGCUCAAGGUGUGAACACAACACCAUUUUAUGCCAGUAUCCAGGCAUUGGUUCCCUGGCCUGGCAUCAAGUGUGGACAGCCCUUUAGGUGCUUCAUACCUAUUGAAACCGGGGUAACCCAGCUCCUGCUGAAUGGGCCUCAUGAGCUUAAGCAACGACGACGGCGACGGCAACGAGAACGGCAAAAAAGCAAAACAACAACUUUGCACGUGCAUCACGCUUUUUUGUACAUUUCUUUGCCGUCAGUGCACGACUACGACGUGAAAAUGCCUAAUUUCACGCUUUGUGGAGAACGUGAACACAAGACAACGACUUUACAGUCUUUUAGAAUUCAACUCCAGAAAAAAAUGGCAAUAUUUGACGAAUUGAAGGAUAUGGAAUAAGCGCGAUAAAGUUUGUAGCAGCGUGAAUUCACCUUUUAACUGACGUUUUCGGAGCCGUAACUAUCGUUGUUGCUUAAGCUCUGUAAUGAUCCAAAGUGCGCAGGGCUUAGCCUUAUCCUUACCUUUCCGUUGCUAUCUUGUUUUCCCCAGCUCGCCAAAUCGUUUAGGUUCAAGAAGCCUAAAAGUAUACAGCUCUUAAAGCCAUUUGAGAAACCUGUUUCCUUUCCGUCGAAUGAGGUAAGGGACGCUUAUUAAUGAGAAUUCAAAACCUUGCCACGAAAAAUGCUUAUUCAGUGGACAGAAAGCGCUCUUGCGCAUAGUUGACGUAGGAAAAAAGGAAAAUAAAAACCUGACGAAGAUCGAGGGUAGAACCGUCCAUGUGGCCCGAGUUUGCAUCCAGUCCCAAGGGAAAGCCAUACGUGAGUAGAGUUUUAGCUGGUUUGAGCCUCCUCCGCAGGCUUCAUUGUCCUGUUUUAAAGAACGAGUUGGAGAAUGGGGAGAGACCGGGGAGACAUUUUUUUCCUUUUCUCGUCCUCAGACUCCUCACGGUCAGUGUAACGGGAGUUGCCUGCGGAGGAGGCUAAGCUAUUUCUUUUCCUUAGCAUCCUCCAUGCUGCGGGCACUGCGGUUUUCCACUUUCCUGAAAGCAAGCGUUUCCGAAUUCGUUUUGUAUCUGGUACGCUUGAACACAUCUAAACGAGUUUUUAAGAGCUCCUCUAGAGAUCUUCUUUAGAAAAUAAAUUACAUUUUUAAAAGACGUAAAUUAGAGGUGAUUCUUUAAGGCGACUUCUAGAGUUCUUAAUGUUGGUUCCAUAAACAUCACUAUGAUCAUGCAGAUCGCUGAACUUUUUUAAGCGAUUACAGCAAUUACACGAAAACCUUACCAGGGUUUAGAUAAAGAACUCCUUUAGAUGUUUGAUUUAGUUUCUAACAUUAACAAUACUUUUGACGAAAUUCAACAUAUUUUAACCUGUGGGGCUAGUAAAGAGGUGCGUUUCUCCCUUUAGUUACUUUUGUAAAAAAUCCUGUGCUUUAAUUCUAGGCUAUAACAGAAGAAAACAUAAACAAAUUUAUCGAAAAGAACAAACGGUAAGCAGUCAGUUGCAAUUACUUGCUGUUCUUUUAACGACUCUGAAUAAGAAUUGAUUGAAUGUUCAUAUAUUUCUCUUUUGCCUUUGUCCCAAACAGGGGUAUUUUGACUAAGAUAAGGCUUGAAGAUAUCCACGAUACGUGGGUAAGUGACUGUCGUGAGUAUUGAUUAUAGCACUUAUCUUCCAUUUGUUAUAAGGGAGAAGAGUUUGAGAAUAGAGGGCAUUUUUUUUUCAGAUACCGUAAAUACUCGAAUAUUAGCGCGUAUUGAAUUUUAUGAUUCGAGAUAUUGGUGCUAAUUUGAAAGUGGCAGGGCACUUAUUUCGUAGUCCGGCAGUGCAGAACGCUGAACACCGAAUGGAAAACGCCGAAUGACUGUCAAGUGAUUGGAAUUAGGAAAGUGAGUGAACCAGGUUACAGGUAGGGUCAUUUAACUAAGAAAACAGACCUGAAACUUAAUUUGCUCAAUUUCUUAACUCUUAUCAGUAAAUGUCAGAGUCAAUCGGUGUUCUGCAAUUAGCGUUCGGCGAACUGCAGAACACCGAAUGACUCUGAAGUUUAGUGAUUGGGGUUAGGAAACUGAGUGAAUCAGGUUUUAUUAAGGGCCAGUAUACUGGGAGAACUGACCUGAAACUUGAUUCACUCAGUCACCAAACUUCAGAGCCAUUCGGCGUCCUGCAAAAUACCCCUGCUGAGAGGAGUCCAUUCCAAGGGAGACAACUUAUUCGAACAUUUGCGGCAUUUUCCUUAAUUGUUUUUCAAAGUCGUAGCCUCCGUUAUAGCUGCUGUAUAGAAAGGGUUGCAGGGGGGAAGAACAACCUCGGGCGUUUUCCCGCGAGAAUAAAUGAGAGGGUAUCUGGUUACCUCGCCACCAACCCAUCUCGCCAUCAAGAAUAGAAAUUAGCUUGGGAUUGUUUUGAAUCUUCAUGAACGGAAAUUUCUUAACCUUCACUUUAUUUUCAUAAUUUUAUUUCAAAGAAAUGAUUAGUUGUUGUGAAAAGUUUCUGCCAGUUUUUUCUCAAAUGUCAAAGUUUAUAUUCACGGAACCUAUACCUGUAUUAUUAGUGACGCAAGGAUCGUCAAUUAGGAUCGACAUAUUUGUAUUUGGGUCGACUUUAAAUUCGAAUAAGCUUGACGAAAAAGUAAAAAUCUUACGUAAGUAAUCCUCGGUAUUAAACUGCGUCAAUUAUUUCAGAGUUAUUCGCUGGUGACGAGUCGACUUCUUGUGGCGAUUUCGUUGGAGGCGAGAUGAUCGUAAACCAACGAGAGGGGGUAUUUGGAACGCUGCCAUCAGUUCCCCUUUGAACUAUGAUUCUAAAUAAGGUGUUGCUAUAUGGGAACAAAGUACCGUAGUUUAAGUAGUGGGUGACCCCCUUUGAAAUGUGAAUACGGUGUCUGAAUACAUGAUCUUUUUUCGUCUAGUCAACGAAAAAGGAAGGAUACCUCAUAACAGCCUUCGUGAGACUCGAUACGAACGGUGCGUUCUUGAGUUUUUGUUUUAAAUAACAAGUAGAAAGCAUUGCAUUUUAAUAAUAUUUUGAUCUCUUUUAAUGUUUAUAUUAGACUCACUUUUUUUAGUUCUUAGGAAACCUGAUUCUUUAUAAGCCUCGUGGUUUCUUUCAGGUGUCCUCGCCAUCUGCUUUCCUUUAAAUUUCUUUAUAAUUCAACUGUAGUGUAAUGAUGUAUGAUAUGGAGAAUAAAUAUGAAUGAGUAAAUGAAUGAAUGAAUGAAUGACGUUUUCACAACUACAACAAAUUAUCUAAAACAAAAAUGAAAAAAACAAAAUUAUCUAAAAUGAAUAAAUGGGGCAGGAGUACAUGUACUUCUUGGGUUGACUACAAAUACAAAGAAGUGGAAAAUAUUUUGUUGUUUUUCUCAUUGACUUUGUUGUUUCGUAGGCGUCCAAAAUGUACCGACAUUUGCAUGUCCUCUGUUGUCUUAAAGUGAAAUCUGAUUAAAUAUCAUUCCUUGUUUUUUGUUAGCUCUGACUAGGCAAUCAGUUAAUGCCAACGUAUAAAAGCAAACAUGUGGUCAUGUGUACUAUGUUGUUAGUACGCUGUUUACACUAAUGUUCUCAUUUUCUUUCUACUUAACAUUUUUUUUGCACGCUUUUCUAUAGCUAAAACAGGAGCCUAACUUUCCGGAGCUACUAUCUGCCGUUUAGUAUAAAUACAUUGAUGAUUAUCGAAAAUAGAGCGCUGUGAUUGGCUAGCAUCUUCGCUUCGAUCAUCCCGCUAUAAUCACCGCACGGUGAUCAUAACAUUGAAGGCUAGCAGUUUUCAAAGUGGCAGCCAGAUUUGCUGAUGUUUCUGAGUCGGAAAUUGAUCAAUAAUUUUAUUGUCUUGAAUAAUCAUCAAAUGAAUGUAAUUAUUAUACUAAAACAAUAAGUCACCUCACUAAUUGUUAAACAGACAUGGAAACGGCACCCGAGGCUUUCUGGCGAUUUAUAGCUUCAUCCUUCGCGCCCAAAACACGUUCAGCCAGUCACAACAGAGUAGGGUACAGUGGACUUUCCCUUAAGGGACACCUCUAUAAGAGGGACACCUCGGUAAAACGGACACCUAUUGUUCGUUCGGAUCAAUUUAGGUUCCUGGGAAACUGCCCACCUACCCCUCCCCUAAGCCAUCAUUUUGCCCGAAGUGAGAAGUAAGUGUUAAUGUUAGCUUACGGGAGGGGUAGGUGGGCAGUUUCCCGGAAACCUAAAUUGAUCCAAUCGUCCUUGCCUUUCUUUACGCUCUUUAUUUAACUCUCUACUACAAGAUGGACUUAACUCUUAGAUGGACACUUAGUGCUGGUCCCAAAGGUGUCCAUCUAAGAGUGAACUGUCUGUCCAACAAAUGAACAGCAGUGGAGGAAAGUGAAGAGUCAUACGAAGAUGGCCGAAGAGUCAUCGGACUGAUUCAGCAAAUUUCACGGGAAAAAAAAUAUAUGAAUAAUUAAGGCGCUGUGUAGCCUUUGCCAGGCUCUCCGUCAGUGUAGGUGAGCGAAAAAAGCGAACGAGAAGCGAAAAAAGUGCGCAAGGAGCGAAACAAUGAGCGAGCGAAAAAAGGCGGGAAGGGAGAAGUUUGGUUUCAGCAUUUUUUUUUUGUCCACUUCAUUCUCUCUCCCCAGUCCUCACGCGGUGUUUUUGCAGUUGUUUUCGAUCCGUUUUCCCACUGUCUUGGACCCUAGAAUAGGCUACUAUAGGCGCUGUGACACUCUUAGGGGAUAGAGACUCUUAGAUGACAGGCUUCUCAAGAAAACAAGUAAAAAUCUAAUGUACCUUACCCUUUUUUUGCUUUCUUUUUCUUAAAAUUUUUUUGAACUACCUAUUGAAAGAGGUGUUGUAUGUCUCUCUUAACCAAAAAGCAAACCUUAACUAGCAACCAUGAAAGGUGAACGUGAGCUUUGAUGAGUAAGAGAUUGAUAUAGUUUUGUACGUCAAACGUACCCAAAGGAAAUUACAGCUUAAAACUGGCCUUAUUUCCUUUCAACAGAGGGCGCGCAAUUCUUCUCGUUGGUAAAGUCACUGGCCAGGCGUUAUGGUGACAACGAAAAACUGUACUUCUUAUGGGUCGAUCCUGAUCCUUUUCCAACGGUGAGUUGCGCAGGAGCUGCGGAAGAUUCGGACACAUGCAAUGUUGAUAAGAUUGGGAAAAAACUGACAACAAUACUCCUUUGUUUAAGUUGCGGGCUAUGCCUUAUAUAUAACCGCUUCGGCUGUAAAUGAAGCUUUUCUUAAUCAUAAUUCGUUAGUUCAUGGAAAACUGGGGGGAUUUCAGGCGUGUGAGAAGAGUGCGCACCCAAUUUUCCCUCCCCUUCCCUUUCGAAUGCCUGCUACUUACGCCUUCAGGGUAGUGACAUUUAACUGUGGGUCAUGAAAACCCAUAAGGAAUUUUUUUUUGAGAUACAAAGUCUCUCUAGUGCAGGGUGCUCUAUAGCGAUAAACUUGAUAAAAGCAAGACCAAAAUGUAAGAAAAUGUAAAAAUUAAUGCGAGUCAGAAAACUCGAUCACAAAGUCAGAAAAUGCGUAAAAAACAGUUAUCAUUUUGCCGGAUAUUAAAAACAGUGCCUAUAUUAGCUUAAGAUCAUGACGAUUACGGGAGGUUAUGGAAUUUUAAUGCGAUAUUAUUUACUGCUAUUUCAACCGAUAGAAAAACAUUGAAACGCUCAUACUCCUCAACAUAUGUUGAAUCUUGUUGCUCUGUGUUUGUUUUAUCGAUUUAAACCCCGUGGAAGAGGCUCAACGUUAAGAGAAAUGAAGGCUUUUUCAAUAUUCAAGCGGUAUUUAUAAAGCACAGUCCGUAACACAAACAGAGGAUGGGAAACCUGUGGUAUAACACGCAACCCAGGAGUAAACUUGCAGCUUUGUAAGUUUUUCAUUUUCUUUCAGAUGCGUGACUACUGGCAGAAGUCGUAUAAUAUUGAUGUCAACUCGCCGGUGAUAGGAGUCAUUGAUCCAAAACUGGUAUGUCACUUCUGUUUGAUUUCUUGUAACCCAGCUCAGAAACUGCCAUCUUUUUGGUUACCUCUUGCGGUGUGGGGACGCUACAUACUAAUGUUGAAUUUAAAUGAAAUAUUUUCCAUUACUGAGAUACGUACAUUUACACAAGAGAUUUUACAAAAUUACAGUGGCGAGGAAAAUUGCACAUCCACCAUACGCGCUCAUAUGCGCACAGACUUCAAUUCAUUUAAGACUGUGAUUUUCUGUUCCCGUUUCUUAAAUGAGAGUACAUGACAUGACAGUGUACACCUGUCAUAAUAGAUUAUGUGUCAGUAUCCCAACUAUUGUACCAGACCCAUCCACACACUUUGUUUGGGGUGAGUUUGCCAUUGGUAUUUUCUGUCAUUCGCCACUUUCACACUGCACACGAUGCAUCUUGUUUAAUUCGCCCCCGCCCUGCCACCCCCCUCCCCUUGUAAAAAAAAAAAGAAAGAAAAAAAGAAAACAAUUCGCAUAAGAGUUACUUUCAAUUUCACCUGAGUACUCACCACUUUCACAAAGACCAUGAUGCACCUUGUUUACCCCCCAAAUUUGGCGUAACCAUUGUCUUCGAUUUCUCUUGGGACGAAGGCAAUACCCGUGAGAAAUUGAAAACAAUCGUUAUAUAUUACGCAUUUACUUAUUUAUUUAUUUAUUUAUUUUGGGCGGGAGGGGGGAUAUAAAACAAGGUGCAUUACGGUCUUUGUGCCAAUGGCGAAUUAUAGCAAAAACGAUUGUUAUGCAUUUUUUUUUUUUGGGGGGGGGGGGGGGUAAAACAAGGACGUAUUAUGCAAGGGCAAUGUGAAAGUGACGAAUAGAUCUGUCAUAGUUCCGGACAUUAUUGUUAGUUGGUUUUUGUUUCUGUUGUUUUGUUUCGUGUUUUUUGCCCCUCACACUCUCAAGUUUGAGAACCAGUUUAACAAACAUAAGUUUCUGAUCACUGAGAUUCAUAUGUCACAUUAUACAGAGCAAAAGUUCCUGGUUUGCGAAAAAAGGUAAAGAAACAAAACUCCGGCACCUUCAGCAAUGGGUGGAAGAUAUACUGGCAGGAAAGGUGGAUCUAAAGGAACCCGAAAAUACUGCGGAUACGGCACAGCAAGGAAGUAAAGAAGAACUUUGACGAUAGUUUUUACAUAAGAGUCAUAAUAAUUCAGAGGCGAAAUAUGCAUGUACUUUAAGUUUUUUCAAGACUGCGAAGGUUUAAAGGGUGAGAUUUGCCCAGACAGUGUAGCCCGAGCUGGCAACUUGCAUGGCGAGUCACGUGAAGAAUAUAAGA